AUGGAGCGAACAUCUCUUAUAAACACUGGUGGUGCCUGGUCACUUGACACUACACGGUCUAAGGCUGCAGUUAAUCGUGUGCUAAAGAUGUGUGACAAAACGGUGCUGAGGUCUUUGGUGGUGUCGGCGUUGGUCGCCUGUGUGGUAGCGCGGCCGGAGCCUCCGAGUUCGUACGGAGCCCCGGCACCCUCGUACUCCGCGCCCUCUAGCUCCUACGGGGCUCCUGCGCCCCAAUACGGCCCGCCGCAACAGCAACCCAUUGUGCACAAACAUGUGUACGUCCACGUGCCACCUCCGGACAACGAGUACCAAGCUCCCCCUAAGCCUAUCCACGUACCGCCCCCACAGAAACAUUACAAGAUCGUCUUCAUCAAGGCUCCGACUCCACCGACCCCAACCGCCCCCAUAAUCCCAGUGCAACCCCAGAAUGAGGAGAAGACCUUGGUGUACGUGCUGGUCAAGAAACCUGAGGACCAGCCGGAUAUUGUCAUACCGACACCAGCCCCGACGCAACCUGCUAAACCAGAAGUGUACUUCAUCAGAUACAAGACACAGAAACAAGAAGGAUACCCCGCCGCGAAGCCCGCUCCACAGUAUGGAGCGCCCGCUCCAGCGCCCUCCUCCGAGUAUGGUGCCCCCUGAGAACCUUCGAUCCGGCCCUGACCCUCUCAAAAAACUACCAAAAAUCUUAUUAAGUAGAUAUAAGAAUAGGCGUGCACAACUCAUAUUAAUAAAUCGUGCGUAGUAAUUGAACUGCCAACGUCACACUAAAAUAAAAUAUACAUAAGUAUAUACCAAAAGAAAUUGCACUCACUUGCACUCAUCUAAGCUUCACUGUGGUUAAGUAUAAAAAGUUUAGUAUGACUUUUUCAAAUCGCUCCUUUUUUGCGGUGAUUGUUCUUAAAAAAUAGCACUGCUGGUAUCUAUUAAUAGCGUAUUAUUAAUGGUGUCGAUUCUGACACGAUUCUCUAAAUCUAAACUUAAAUUUAAUAACAGUGUAAUCUUUGUUAUUCUCUUUACAGAAUAAAAAAAAAAGGUUUGUACGGAAAAUCGAGUAUUAGUGAUACACAGUAAACUAUAAAACGCCAUCAUCGCCAAAAACUGCAGAGCUCCAAACUAAUUUAUCUCUGAUAAUAAGGUUUAUGUUGGUGUUCUGUAAUUUUUUGGCGAUUAUCGCUUUUGAUGCUGGCACUUCACAUGGAUAUUUGCAUAAUGCUAUUUACAAAUUUUACAUCAGUCUCUCCUUAUCAUUUCCUAAUAAUAUAGCACGAUAAGGAUACAGUGCUUUUAACUUACAAAUAGCAAAUUCAAAUAGCCAAGUGAAAUGCAAACAUUAUAUGAAGUUUAUUUCGUAAAAUUCGAGCAUGAAAUCAAUUUCUAAAUACGUUCAUGCCCUUUUUCAUCCCCCACUGGUAUCAUUUUAGCGAAAAAAGUAGCUUAUGUAGUUUUCUAAAGUCUACACCAAUCAUCAUCAGAAUUCGUUUAGUGAUUAAGGCGUGCAAGCGUAACAGACAGACAGGUUUACUUUCAUCAUUCAUAAUAUUAAAAUGGGUAUUUUCCUCCCGUUACCAAGAUCAAAUUCGCAGUUAUACCUCUUAAGAGGACCUAGUUCUUAGGGUGUACCUUAUAACAGCGUUAUGACAAAUUUCAAAAAAUAUCUAUAUGUUGGCAAUAUAUGACCGCUCUCAUCGAUUUAUUAAAUCAUAUUUUGUCUUAUUUUGAUGACUGCAUAAAGUUUUAUCAAACUCUGUGGCGGCCAUAAAUUACGAUGUAAAUGUAUGUAUAGUCUAAAAAUACUUUCCAUUAUGUAUAUGUACCAUAUUUUUAAACUUGAGAUCGUUUAGUAUAACAGAAAGUUUACUUAGGAGUUGUUCGAGAGGGCAGAUGUCGUUAGUUCUGUUGUCGAACACUGGCAUUGUACAAAACUGUGCUGC